AUGGCUUCACACCCCCACGGAGAAGCCCUCGAUGAUAUCGAGCACAACCCCCAUGCCUCGGCCAACAGAUGGCGUCACCAGGAGAGCUCAGCUUUCCUCCGCCAUGCCGCCGGUGCCCACAGCCACGCACAACCCCGCGACCCCCAAGAACGAGGAACUACCAACGACCUGGCCGACUUUCUGAACCGCGACCGCGUCGAGCCCGAAAACCCCAAUGCUCCGCCCAACUUCAAGCCCAUCAUGGUCGCUGCUGGCGAGGCCGCUGGCCAGGAGGAACCUCGCGCGACGGCGACCCACGCCGAAGAGCAAGAUGCCCCCGACGGCCGGGAGAUCAUCUGCGGACCGCUGCUCAACUACCGCAGGAUGGACGAGAACAAUUGGUACGGAAGCGUCUUGAUCGUCACAAAGGGCGGUGGUAAGAGUCAGAGCUUCGCACCGCACUUGGUUCUGCGCCCUGCGAAUGCCGUAAAUGGCCAGCACGCCCCAGCCGAGACGAACGGUGUCAACGGUGUCAACGGUUCCAACGGUGCUAUCAACGGCGAGUAUUCCGGCGCAGCCAAUGGCGCGGGCACGAAUGGCUCAGAGACUCAGGGCCAAUGUCUCUACUCUGACCCCCGCAACACUUUCUGGGCCUUUGACCUGUCACUCCCACUCAGCCAAGCGGAGGCCAAGUGGGAGUACUCGAUCCCCGAUAUGCGAUUCUCGGCUGGCAACAUCAGGCCUGAUCGCUACCACUUCUUCGUCCCGGCCAUCAACGAGUCUAUGCGUAUCAUGUUCCACUCCUGCAACGGAUUCAGUGUGGGCACUGACGAAGACGCCUGGAGCGGCCCCGCCUUGUGGAACGAUGUGAACCGACACCACAAGGAGCGACCAUUCCACGUCAUGCUCGGAGGAGGUGACCAGAUCUAUAACGACGGAAUUCGAGUCGACGGACCUCUGCGCGAAUGGACUGAGAUUUCGAACCCCAAGAAGCGCAGACACUUCCCCUUCCCCGAGAAGCUUCGUCAGGCUUGUGACGAUUACUACCUGAAGAACUACAUCCGUUGGUACUCUACGGAGCCGUUUGCGACUGCCAAUGGCCAGAUUGCGCAGCUCAACAUCUGGGAUGAUCAUGAUAUCAUUGACGGAUUCGGCUCCUACGUUGACGAAUUCAUGCGAUGCGAUGUAUUCAGGGGUAUUGGUGGAACUGCCCACAAGUACUACAUGCUUUUCCAGCAUCACCUCCCUCCACCACCGUCCACCUACACCUCGGAUCAUACCACAACGGCCGAGGGCCAAGGACUUGACCCCAACCAACUCAUGGAUACCUACGUUGCGCCGGCCAAGUCGGAUCCCAGCUACAUUGUUGGCAAGCAGCCUGGUCCUUAUGUCGCGGAACACUCACAUAACAUGUUCGCCCGGCUUGGCGCGCGUAUUGCCUUCCUAGGUAUUGAUGCUCGAACUGAGCGUACACGCCAUCAAAUCAACUACCCAGAGACUUAUGACUUGAUUUUCAGUCGCCUCAGACAAGAGCUCAAGGGCGCUCAGGAGUCUGGACGCCCGUUCAAGCACUUGAUCCUUCUGCUGGGAAUCCCAAUUGCGUACCCUCGCCUGACAUGGCUUGAAAACGUCUUCCGCAGUCCCAUUAUGGGUCCGGUGAAGUUCUUGAACCGAAGGUUCGGUCUUGCUGGUGGUGUUUUCAACCACUUUGACGGCAGCGUCGAUUUGCUCGACGACCUUGACGACCACUACACGGCGAGAACUCACAAGAAGGAGCGCAACGCUCUCGUUGAGAGGCUUCAGGCCAUCUCAUCAGAGUUCUCAGUCCGUAUCACCAUCUUGGGCGGCGAUGUGCACUUGGCGGCUAUGGGCCGGUUCUACUCGCAUCCUAAGUUGAACAUUGCCUCGGAGAAUGACCACCGCUACAUGGCCAAUGUGGUCUCUUCUGCCAUUACCAACAAGCCACCGCCAGCAGCGAUUGCCAACCUGCUGGCCAGGAGAAACAAGAUCCAUCACCUGAACCACGAUACGGACGAGACGCUGCUUAAGUUCUUUGACAAGGACCCCGGCGAUUCGAGCAAGACGUCCAACUCCAACCAUGUGACUAUGCCAAGUCGUAACUUUGCCAUCUUGACGGAGAACUCGCCCAACAAUGGACUGGCUGCGCCGACGAACGGUGAUACGCGAUCAGUGAUUUCCGGCAAGGGCGGGCACGAUUUCCUCCACGUUGGCGAAGUGGAAUCGGGAUCCAAGCACAAGGCAGCCGGAAAGCAGCACGGCACCGGCAACGAUGGUAGCUUGGACAUUUGCAUCCGCGUCGAGAUUGAUCAGCACAACCGUGAGGGUCUCACCGAGGGUUACGGUGUUACUGUUCCCCAGCUCAAGUACACCAGCCAGCCGGUGCCGGUUGAGCCCUUCCCUGCACAGGAGCGGCAGAAUGGACAGGGCGAGUAA